CGCGUCCCUGCGCACUGCAGUGCUCAAGCGAGGAGACGAGGAUUCGAGGCCGAAAGCUUGAACGACACCAUCAGGAAGAGAAGAUGCAACGCCGCGUCGGAAGUGGCAUGGCUGAGGCAAGCGCCCUCAUUGAGAGCCUAGGCCAGCAAAUACUUCCUUUCAGCCCUGCUUACUUUGCUUCACUUUCGCGAUGAUUACCCCCAGACUUCUGGACUACUAGUAACUCCCUGAAACAGGGUCGCUCUCGCUGGCCUCGUGUUACGUCUCGCGCAGAUUUUGAGCAGAUUUCAAGCUCAUCGUUAACUAUCUCCACUAACAGCCCAGUAUGACCCAACCAUUAAGGGUUAUUGUGAUAGGCGCAGGGCUGUCCGGACUCGCCAUCGCCCAGGGCUUGAAAAAGAACGGAAUCGAAUAUGUGGUCGUCGACAAGGAGACCUCUCCACGGGACCGUAACUGGGGAGUGACCAUCGCUUGGAGCCACCCUUUCCUCGCCCAGCUUCUACCAGAGGAGCUUUUCAGCAGACUUACAGAAUGUCAGCCUGAUCCGCACCUGGAUUCAAAAGAAGCUGGAUUCGAGAGCGUCAUCAUCCGUGAUGGCCAAACGGGUGCCACGAUGGUCCAGCCACCGUUUCCCGGAGUCAGGAGGUUGAAUCUCCAGAAGACGAGAAAGCUGUGGUCCCAGAACGUCAAUGUGAAAUUUGGCAAAUCAAUCUCGGAAAUCGAAAUUACCGAUCAAUGCGUGGUGGCUCACUUCCCUGAUGGUACGGCGGAGACUGGGACGGUUCUUGUGGGUGCAGACGGAGGUGGCUCCUGGGUACGACGGUGGAUGUUAGGAGAUGACGCUGCACCUACCAUACUGCCGUACACAUUCUUGAACUUUCCGGUCCGAUAUACAGCGGAGCAAGCUCUGAAGAUGGACAAGAUGAUGCAUCCCAUCGUCGAUGUUGGCGUGCAUCCCAAGUCCAUGUACGUGGGCAUCUUUCUACUUGACAAGCCCGUCAUCGACAAGCCAGAAACAUGGGUCUUCUAUCUCCUUGCUACAUGGCCGAAAGAAAAGCAAGAGCAACAACCACAGCAGCCUUGUCAGUGUGGAAACAUGGUGGAUGAACUUCGCCACAGAAUGGACGGGUGGGCGGAUCCCUACAAGUCCGCAGUGGAAUGGAUUCCCAAAGACGUUCAAGCAAAGGUGGCGCCGUUCAAGAUUUGGGCUCCAAAGAACAACUGGGACAAUCGUGGCGGCCGCAUCACUCUGGCAGGGGAUGCCGCACACAGCAUGACCUUUCAUCGAGGUCAAGGAGCCAACAACGCGAUCCGGGACUGCGAGAGAUUUGUAUCCGCCAUGGUCAAGGUUAAAGCAGGAGCAUUGACCUUGGCAGAAGCCGUGGCCGAAUAUGACCAGGAUGUCAUCACUCGAGGCAGACAGGAGGUCGAGGUGUCCAGGGCCCAAACCGAUGCAUUCCAUGACUAUGCCGCCUUUCUCGAGAGUCCUAUCAUGAAAUAUGGCAUCAGACCUAUCAGUGAGGACACCAACAGGGGGUGAGACGAAGCAUGCAUGGAUACGCUUUAAUGUUUUACAGCUGCUUCGGCAUACAUAGUCAUGAUGGUUUCUCCUAAUGUUAAAUAAGGCGAUGUAAUUGAGAAGCAUUUUAUCGACUCCCUGACGAAGGAUGAUGAGACCAUGUCCAGGUGGACAGUGUUCGCGGCGCAAUAGUUCUAUGUCGAGUUCAUCGCUAGAUCUUAUGGUUGUGUAGGUUAGGACAUGGUUCAAAUUCGUCAACUGGACAUCCGACAGCUUGAACCUGCGAACGGAAGAGAUGCACAAACAACUAGUGAACUGAGCGAUGCCCGG